UUCAUCAGAGCAGGUUCUUCAGACAGACAGUUAUUCCUGUGCUGUACGAGGACAUGAGAAGUUCCCGUCUCCUCCAGUGUCGGUUCAGGAUCUCUGGGAUGUGACGUACUCUUCUAAGCAGAUCUGUGCCCGUAAAGGAUUGACUGUGGAGAUGAGCUGCACCUUUCCAUACCCAGAGGGAAUAAACGAGGAAGUUAACACACUUCAGGAAACAUUUUGGUCUACUGAUGAUCCUGAAUAUAAAGUGGAUGUUAAAGAAGACUCCAAGUAUUCAGGCCGUGUGCAGAAUACCUGUGUGGGGAACAACUGUACUCUGAGAAUCACAGACGUGAGAGAGACAGACAGGGCUGUAUACAUGUUCAUAUUGAAAACAAACAUCAGCAGAUAUUUAAGUAGAUCUGGGGUCUACCUGAUUGUCACAGAUCUCCAGGUGCACGUGAUCAGACAAGCGGCUCGACUCUUUUCUUGUCUCAACGGAUGUUCUAAAGAAACCAUCUGGUUCAAGAAUGGAGAGGAAAUCAAAAAUGAAACAUCAUCUCAUUAUUCAUCAGAGCAGGUUCUUCAGACAGACAGUUAUUCCUGUGCUGUACGAGGACAUGAGAAGUUCCCGUCUCCUCCAGUGUAUGCUCCAAAGCCUCCUUCUGUGUCAGUGAGUUCCCACGAUGAGAUAGUGGAGGGAGCUACGCUUGUCUUCAGCUCCAUCGAGUCCUCUGACUUUGGGGAGUUUUACUGUGAAGCUGAGAACACGCUGGGGAGAACGACCUCCAAACGCAUCUCUGUCAACCUAACAUGGAACUCACUAAAAAUCAUCACCAGGUGGACUCUGCUGCUCCUCUUGUUGAGUCCUCUGAUUCCCCUGACUCUGUGGCUGAGGUGGAAGAAAACUGUGAACUCCACCACUGAACCAGACGAACCUGCAGAGAUGAUCGAG